CGUCCUUCCCACUAUAAGUGUACUAAAAGCAAAAGCAUAAAAUAUAAUAAAAAAAACCCCAAAACUAAACGACACAUCUUAUUAACUCCCUCAAUCAUAUUUCUCAAAUUUCCAAAAUUUUAUAUGAUGUCAUAAUUCUACAAUAUUAUAGACAUUCAUACAUAUAUACAUACAUAAAAAUAGUACAAAUGCUUUUUUGUUGGUUUGUUUGUAUUUUUUUUUUUUAAAAAAAAUGCACUAUAUAAAGCAAAGGUUAAUAUUCGUUUUAGUUACCAUCUCCCUUUCUUUUAAUAUUACUCAUUGCGUGCCUUUUCCUUAAAAUCUUACAAAUAACGUAAAGAGUAAGAGAGGGAGAUGGAAAUGGAGAUGGAGAAGCUUGGAUGCUUAACACACCUCUUUGUCACGCUUUUUUUGGCCUCGUUCGCCGGUGUUGUGUCGAUGCCGGCCUUAACAGAUGUCACAAUGGAAGCACUUUGUCCUGGCAAAGAUGAAUGUUCUCUUGCCAUUUAUCUCUCUGGUUUCCAGCAGGCGAUUUCAGGGAUAGGGUCAGUGUUAAUGACUCCGUUAAUAGGUAGUUUAUCGGACAUUUACGGCAGGAAAUCACUCUUGACACUUCCUUUGACGCUCAAUAUUCUCCCCCUAGUGGUAUUGGCAUAUAGUAGGGAAACGAGCUUUUUCUACGCCUAUUACGUGCUAAGAACAUUGGCAUCCAUGAUAUCCGAAGGGGCUAUUCAUUGUCUCUCUCUUGCUUACGUUGCAGACAAAAUUUCAGAGGGAAAACGAGCAUCAGCAUUUGGUAUUCUUGCAGGGGUUAGUUCUGCUGCAUUUGUAUGUGGUACAUUAUCAGCUAGGUUUCUUUCCACAGCACAAACAUUUCAGGCUGCAGCAUUUUCAGCCAUGGCUGCCGCAGCUUACAUGAGGAUUUUCCUUCAAGAAACAACACGUAAAACUGAUGCUUCAAUUCAGCCACUCCUGAAAUCUGAGCCAAGCAGUUCCUCAGAUGAUGAUUUGACAAAGAAGGUUCAGAUUUUCAAGAAGAUCCCUACCAUCCAUGAUAUAAAGAGCUUACUAGGAAGCAGCAAAACAUUUUCACAGGUCGCAGUUAUGGUGUUAUUCAAUAGCCUAGCAGAGGGUGGCCUACACGCUUCAUUGAUGUACUUCCUGAAAGCAGAGUUUCAUUUUAGCAAAAACCAGUUCGCAGACCUGAUGCUGAUAGUUGGUAUUGCAGGAAUGGUCUCACAGCUAGUUUUGAUGCCCAUGCUACUAUCAGUAACAGGAGAGGAAUGGUUGCUUAGACUUGGUCUCUUAGUGGCGAGCACAAACAUGAUUCUUAACAGCGUUGCUUGGGAUGUUUGGGUCAUUUAUGCAGUAGCCGGGCUUUCAGUGUUCGUUGUUUUCACAAACCCUUGUAUGCGUAGCAUUGCCUCCAAACAAGUAGGAGAAAGUGAACAGGGUAAGGCUCAAGGAUGCAUCUCAGGGAUAGGUUCUUUGGCCAAUAUCAUUUCACCAUUGGUUUUUAGCCCUCUAACAGCUACUUUCCUCUCAGACAAAGCACCAUUCCAUUUCCCUGGUUUCAGCCUGUUGUGUAUUGCGUUAUGCACGGCAAUGGCUUUCCUUCAAAGUCUAAUGAUAAGGGCAACUCCAAAGAUCUCAAGCAACAUGGUAGCCUAGGCCACAGAUAUGAAGAGUUCUAGUAAGAAUAACAUCUACUCUUUCAGAAUGUAAGGUGGGCAUCUCGCAGAAUGAAUAGUGACAUAUACAUGCUGAGGUAUGCUGCCAAGACAGAAGGAGACCAAGUCAGAAGGCAGCUGCCAAGGCCUGUACAUCAGAUUUCCCAUGAUUACCUUGUAUAUACAGAGGGCAAGUUUAUAAAAGACCCCAAUUUAGCUAGUUUAUGUUUUUCUAAAUAGGAUAGCCAGACAAUUUCUUAAUUCAAAGGGCUUUUUGAUGAUUACAAUCCCUAAGUAAGUGCAGUUAGACCACAGAAUUUCAUAAACCAAAA